AAACACCAGGGCGGUUUUUAUUUUCUUGCCCACUAAUUCAUACCUUCAUUUGGUUAUUGGCUUGCGUGUAUAGCACAACAAAAACAUUCCUCACCAAAGUCGAUCAACUUUACAUCAAGAUUCUUUUUUUCAAGGCGUUUUGAUCUGGAAAGAGAAGAUGGCUUCGAUGACGAUGAUAACGGUGGCGUUCUUGCUUGUGUUAAUGUUGGUCUUGAGCGAAUGUCGGCAUCGCAAGCUUGCCAGACCCCCGCUUCACCGCUAUGCCAUUGCAAAGAAAGGCCUAUGUCCCAUGGGAGGAGGAGAUAAAAACGCCGGAUGUAACCACUGGGAAAAGCAAGGAUACUGUAAUCAAGGGAACCUCUACUAUGAUUUUGUGUCGACCAACUGUCCUGCCUCUUGCGGCAUUUGUCAAGCUCGUCCUACUCCACCUCCAAGGCCCCGACCUGUAAGAGUGAACCUCAAAGAGUGUCUGGAAGCCCAUAACUUGGCGCGUGCUCUGCACGGGGCUAGACCGCUGACAUGGAACAGGACACUGGCCCGGAGUGCUCAAGCUUGGGCCCUGGACCUCGCAAAGCGGAAUAAAUUCGAGCAUUCGCGUGUAAGAGGAGAGGGAGAAAACCUUUACUACUCAAUGGGUAGCAGCGAAAAGACAGCAACAUGCAAAGACGCUCUUGAUGCCUGGUAUGGAGAAGUUUCUGAUUAUCCUUUCUCAAAUCCCCCGAAAUCUAUUUUUGACGUACCUGGUGUUCAAAUUGGACAUUUUACACAGGUGGUAUGGAAGUCUACUAGGCAACUGGGUGUCGGCAUUGCCACUAUAAAGCGCGGAUUUUGGACCAAGACCUACGUUGUGGCUCGUUACACGCCCCCAGGAAACUAUUGGGGAAGGUUCAAGCAAGAAGUGGGGGAUAUCACUGUUUUGUAGUG